AGCAAAAUAUCAAAGCAGCAGUGACACCCAAAAACGAAACUGACUUACCCAGUUAACAAAAUCAUCCCGAGAUUCUCAGAUUUUGGGGUUUAGGGUUUUAGCCUUUGAAAUCUCGGCUUUAUACGAUUUCUAGGCUUCCCAAAACAAAAUGUCAGACCUAGACAGGCAAAUAGAGCAGCUAAAGAAGUGUGAGCCUUUGAAAGAAUCCGAAGUGAAAGCUCUUUGCCUUAAAGCCAUGGAAAUCCUCGUUGAAGAAAGUAAUGUUCAAAGAGUCGAUGCCCCUGUUACUAUAUGCGGCGAUAUCCAUGGGCAGUUCUAUGAUAUGAAAGAGCUUUUUAAAGUAGGAGGCGAUUGCCCUAAGACAAAUUAUUUGUUUCUCGGAGAUUUUGUUGAUAGAGGGUUUUACUCGGUGGAAACCUUUCUACUUCUGCUAGCUUUGAAGGUGAGAUAUCCGGAUCGCAUAACACUCAUUAGAGGGAACCAUGAAAGUCGUCAAAUCACACAGGUAUACGGAUUCUAUGAUGAGUGCCUGCGUAAGUACGGCUCGGUGAAUGUUUGGAGAUAUUGUACCGACAUAUUUGAUUAUUUAAGUCUUUCAGCCCUUAUCGAGAACAAAAUUUUUAGCGUCCAUGGUGGCCUCUCUCCUGUAAUAUCAACUUUGGAUCAGAUUCGGAUAAUUGAUCGGAAGCAAGAAGUACCUCAUGAUGGUGCCAUGUGUGAUCUGUUGUGGUCAGACCCAGAGGAGAAUGUCGACGGUUGGGGUUUGAGUCCCCGUGGUGCAGGCUUCCUCUUUGGCGGCAGUGUUGUUACUUCGUUCAACCACGCAAACAAUAUUGACUAUAUAUGCCGUGCGCAUCAGUUGGUUAUGGAAGGGUACAAAUGGAUGUUCAAUAACCAGAUAGUCACAGUCUGGUCCGCUCCCAAUUACUGUUACAGAUGUGGUAACGUUGCUGCAAUUCUUGAGCUGGAUGAGAAUCUUAACAAGCAAUUCCGGGUUUUUGAUGCAGCACCACAGGACUCAAGAGGCACUCCGGCCAAACGACCUGCACCCGAUUACUUUCUAUGAACCAGAUGUGAAAUCCUACCUUUAGUUGUCCGCUCCACUUAAAUCGAUCGAGAGGAUAUAGUCACUUUGUGCAUACAUUCUCCUACGAUAGUAGAAAAAAAUCAACGACAAUGAUGAACAGGAAUUGUGAUGAGAUUGUUUCAAACGGCUUGCCGUUGUUUUUCGAUUGAUAUGUGCUUUUUAUUUUUUUCAAUUGUUGGUAUAGAUGAUUCUUAAACUAGAGAUUGUAUAGGAACAACACAGAGGCUGAAUUGUCAAAACUACAAUUCUUAAAAGGUCUAAUUUUGGUUUUGGUCCC